AUGGAAUACACGUCAGAAGCCUCAAGUAUCUCUAAAGCAAAGCUUGGAAAGGGACCAAUUGCCCUCGUGAACUAUGACAAGUGGCUGCACGGAAAAGGUCCAAGCAAGCGCAAAGAAAUGAUGAAAAGAAUGCGCGACCUCGCUGAGCAAGCCCGCAAAUUUGUGUUCCGGAUCAAGGACGUACCGCCCAGCAAGGAUGGCCGACACAUUUUUGUUGAUGCAGCGCGCAAAGAACGACUCUUAGACGAACGCACAAACGAGCCAUAUACCAGCAACUGGAUCCGAUCAACGCGAUACUCAGCUUGGAACUUUGUGCCUCGCCAACUUGUGGCCCAAUUCUCAAAGCUUGCGAAUUUUUACUUCUUGGUCAUUUCCAUCUUGCAGUUGAUACCCGGCCUUAGUACAACAGGUACUUACACAACUAUUGUACCGCUAAUGUUCUUCGUCACACUGUCCAUUGCAAAGGAGGGCUACGACGAUCUCAGGCGACAUCGACUCGACAAGGCUGAGAACAGGCGAGAGGCGCAAGUACUUCGGGCUAGUCCGUCAUCAGUGCAUCCUCGUGGGUCAUCGGAUGACGGAUCUUUAACAUCCCCUUCGCCUGAAGCGUUGUUGUGGGAAAAGAUCAAGUGGGAAGACCUCAAUGUUGGAGACAUCAUCAAAUUGGAGCGCAACGACGCUGCCCCAGCAGACCUUGCGCUUCUUCAUACCAGCGGUGAGAACAACGUUGCAUUUGUCGAGACCAUGGCUUUGGACGGCGAGACAAACCUCAAGAGCAAGCAAACGACUGCAUCCAUGUCCAAGACCAUCAUCAACCAGGAAGACGUCUUACGAUCAGAUGCCGAGUUCGUAGUAGAAGACCCCAACCCGGACUUGUACAGCUUCGAGGGCAGGGUGACUGUCAAUGGCAAGCAAGCACCUAUAACGCUAAACGAGAUUGUAUUUCGCGGAAGUGUCCUGCGAAACACGCCCGAUGCAGUUGGCAUGGUCAUCUACUCGGGCGAAGAAUGCCGCAUCCGCAUGAAUGCCAACAAGAACCCGCGCAUCAAGGCCCCGGCGCUCCAAGGUCUUGUCAACCGCAUCGUCAUUCUCAUCGUCUUCUUUGUUCUGGCCCUCUCCAUCUUCAACGCAGUCGCCUAUAAGAUCUGGCAACGCAAUGAAGACGAGAUGUUUUACCUGGGUGGUGCUUCUGUCGCUUUCUUCCCUAGCUUGACGGCUUUCAUCAUCAUGUUCAACACCAUGAUUCCCUUGUCGCUAUAUGUCAGUCUCGAAAUCGUAAAGUUGGCGCAAAUGUUCUUUUUGCACACAGACAUCGACAUGUACGAUCCAAUCUCAGACACACCUUGCGAACCUCGGACGUCGACAAUCAACGAAGAGCUGGGCCAGAUCAGCUACAUCUUCUCCGACAAGACGGGCACGCUGACGGAUAAUUCGAUGAAGUUCCGUAAGUUGAGUGUGGCUGGUAUGGCAUGGCUGCAUGAUGUGGAUCUGCAAAAAGAGAAGAAGAAUAAGUUGAUACACAAGACAAGAAAGAAGGGAAAGCAGCCUGUGAAGACAAGGAAGAGUCUUAGAUCGGCGAAGGAUGUCUCACCAGAUGAGCCUCCAACACCGACGGUAGAAGUUGAACAGCAGGUUGAUGGAUUGGGUGAUGAAGCAGCUCCAACGUGGCGAUCAACAGCGAAACCUAGCCAAGCAGCACGAGAACUUCGAACGCAGGAUAUGCUGAGAUACGUUCAGCGAAAACCGCAUACACCGUUUUCGAAAAAGGCUCGCAUGUUCCUCCUCUCGCUGGCAUUGUGCCACACUUGUCUUCCCGAAGUUCAGGAGAAUGGGGAAACGCACUUCAUGGCUUCUUCUCCUGACGAGCUCGCCCUCGUCCAAGCUGCGCAGGACUUGGGCUUUUUGCUGAUCAAUCGCGAUGUGCAUACGAUAACCCUCAAGAUUCCCAAUGUCAGUGGAGAGAGCACCACAGAGACGUACGAGAUUCUGGACAUCAUUGAGUUUUCAAGCAAGCGAAAAAGGAUGUCAAUCCUUCUGCGAUUCCCAGACGGUCGCGUUUGUGUUAUUUGCAAGGGAGCAGAUUCGAUAGUCAUGCAGCGUUUGAAGCUUGCAACACUCGCGAAUAAGAAGAUGGUGGAGAUUGAGCGGAGGGCAAACCAGCGCAAGAGCAUGGAAGCUCACCAAGCCAUAGCGCGCAUGAGUGAGCAAAAUGAUCGGCGAAGCAGUAUCGUUGGACGCAAGAGCAGCGUUGCCGGACGUGGUAGCAUGACGUUUGGUCAGGCUGCGAGAGCAAGUAUGAGCCUGGGUCGUCCAUCAUUCGCUCGCAACAGUAUCGGCGCUCGCGGCUCACACUCUGCAAGAGACGAGAUGGAUCAGUGGCUCCGACAACGCGAAAACGACGUCGACCUCUCCUCGCUCGAUGAAGACACGCCAUUACAAACACCACGUCACUCAGGCUUCGGCCGAUAUUCCAUGGCUCCUUCUGAGGCUCGCAGCUCGAUACAGCUUGAGGAAAUGGAAGCCAUGGUCGACGAGAAUGUCGCAGGCGAUGAAUCUGCCGUUAUCGAACGUUGUCUCCAACACAUCAACGACUUUGCUACUGAAGGGCUCCGAACGCUUCUCUACGGAUACCGCUUCAUCGAUGAGAAGGACUACCAGACAUGGAAGAAGGGGUACCUCGAGGCGACGACGAGUUUGGUCGACCGCACCCGCUUAAUCGAAGAUGCAGGCGACAGGAUUGAGCAGAACCUCGACCUUUGCGCAGCCACGGCCAUCGAAGACAAACUCCAACAAGGCGUUCCCGAGGCCAUCGACAAGUUGCGAAGAGCAAAGAUCAAGAUGUGGAUGCUGACUGGCGAUAAGCGCGAAACGGCUAUCAAUAUUGGUUACUCGUGCCGUCUGAUCAAAGAUUACAGCUCCGUCACUGUCCUCGAUCACGAGACUGGCGAAGUCGAACGCAGUAUUGGUGCAGCGAUUCUCGCCAUCAAUGGUGGCGGCGUUGCGCAUUCGGUGGUUGUCGUUGAUGGCCAGACACUUGCGAAAAUCACCGACAAUGAAGCGCUUAAGACGCUGUUUUAUGAGUUGGCGAUCUCGGCUGACAGUGUGAUCUGCUGUCGUGCAAGUCCCGCGCAGAAGGCUAUGUUGGUAAAGAGCAUUCGGAAGAGGGUGAAGAGGAGUAUCACCCUGGCGAUUGGCGACGGAGCCAAUGACAUCGCUAUGAUUCAAGAAGCACAUGUCGGUAUUGGCAUCACGGGCAAAGAAGGCCUGCAGGCUGCAAGGACUAGUGAUUACAGUAUCGCGCAGUUUAGGUUCUUGGUGAAGUUGUUGCUGGUGCAUGGGCGAUGGAACUACAUCAGGACAUGCAAGUAUACGGUUGGCACGUUUUGGAAGGAAAUGCUCUUCUAUCUAACCCAAGCACUCUACCAACGCUCCGUCGGCUACACUGGCACCUCGCUCUACGAAUCCUGGUCUCUAUCCAUGUUCAACACACUCUUCACCUCUCUCCCAGUCAUCUUCAUGGGCGUGUUUGAGAAAGACUUGUCGGCCUCCACACUCAUCGCCGUCCCGGAACUAUAUGUCAUAGGCCAACGCAACGGCGGCUUCAACAUCCGCGUCUACCUCAGCUGGAUGUUUAUGGCCAGCGCAGAAGCCAUGGUUGUGUAUUUCGUGAUGCUCGGGCUCUGGGGCCAAGCCAAAUGGACAGUCGACGAGACCAUCUUCCCCGCCGGCAUGAUUACGUAUACGGCGAUUGUGGCGAUUAUUGCGAUGAAGAUGCAAUUUAUAGAAACGCACUCCAAAACCUUGACAAACGCCAUCGCGAUCUUCUGCUCAAUCGGCGGCUGGUUCCUCUGGAACAUCAUCCUCUCCUCGCUGUACAAAGCGCCCAACGCCAUCUACUAUGUCCGCAACACAUUCCUUCAUCUCUUCGGCCCAAACUUACACUGGUGGCUCACACUAAUCAUCAUCCUCGCCGCCGUCGUCACCUUUGAAUUCGCAACUAUAUCUCUGCGCGCCGCGUACCUCACCACCGACGAGGAUAUCUUCCAAGCGCUCGAAAAAGACCCGGAUGUUAAGAGGAGGUUUGAAGAAGCGAGUGCGAAUGAAUUGCAGCAGGGCUGGGAUCGCAAGACGAAUAGGGAAAAAGAUGAGCAAGAGAAGGUUAGGGAGGUGGUGGAGAAGGUGGUGGAAAGGGAGCAGGAGAGGAGGGAGAGGGAGGUCGAUGAGAUGUUGAGGAGAAGAGGACAUGGGGAAGACGGGGUGGAAAUUCAGGAUGGCGGUGAUAUUAACAAAGCGCUGAGUAAAGGGUUUGGGCAUGUUAGGGUACAGUAA